AUGGCCAGGCUUUGGGCACCAUGCGCCCUGCUCGCCAUUAUCUCUUCGACAUGGGCGGCGGAGAAAACCGCAGCUGAUUACUUUGUUCAUUCGCUGCCUGGACAGCCAGAUGGUCCUCUCCUGAAGAUGCACGCCGGACAUGUUGAAGUCAAUCCCGAACACAACGGACACAUGUUUUUCUGGCACUACCAGAACCGACACAUCGCCGAUCGACCGCGAACCGUCAUCUGGCUCAAUGGUGGACCGGGAUGCAGCUCGAUGGACGGGGCGUUGAUGGAAUUGGGCCCUUACCGGGUAAGAGAGGGAGGAAAACUGGUUUACAAUGAAGGCUCCUGGGAUGAGUUCGCAAACGUCUUGUUCGUGGACAACCCCGUCGGCACUGGCUUCAGCUACGUGAAUACGGACAGCUACCUCCAUGAACUACAGGAGAUGGCAGAUCAAUUCCUCGCAUUUAUGGAAAAAUGGUUUAAGCUGUUUCCCCAGUAUGAAAACGACGACCUCUAUCUCGCAGGCGAAUCAUAUGCCGGACAAUACAUCCCUUAUAUCACCAGGGCUCUUUUGGAUCGCAACGCCAAAGCGCAAGGUCAAGGGAAAGGGAUAUGGAACAUCAAAGGCCUUCUGAUUGGCAAUGGUUGGAUUUCACCCGCGGAGCAAUACCAAUCUUACCUCACCUUUGCCUAUCAGGCCAAUCUCAUCCAAGGCGGGACUCCUGAUGCGGCCCGAGUCGAGGCGGUGCAGUCAUCGUGCAUUACGGAACUUGCCAAGCCCGGCGGGACGGAAAGGGUGGACGUCAGUGCAUGUGAGGCUGUUUUAUCCACGAUUCUGGAUGUGUCCAAGGUAAAUGGCAUGUGUUACAACAUGUACGACGUCACCCUUAAAGACAAGUGGCCGUCUUGCGGGAUGGCCUGGCCUCCGGAUUUGGAGACGGUGACACCGUACUUGCGACAGGACGAUGUGCUUGCAGCAUUGCAUGUGAACCCCGACAAGCGGACUGGGUGGGUUGAAUGUUCAGGCGCCGUUUCUGCUUCGUUCCGAGCUAGUCACUCGAAACCAAGUGUUCAACUGCUCCCAGGCAUUCUCGAGGAAGGUGUUCCCGUGCUAUUGUUCAGUGGCGCCAACGACCUGAUCUGCAACCAUGUUGGAACGGAGGAUUUCGUCAACAAGAUGGAAUGGCUGGGGGGCAAGGGCUUUGAGCUCUCUCCUGGGGUCAUAGCACCGAAGCGCGAUUGGGAAUUCGAAGGUGAACCGGCCGGUGUCUAUCAAGAAGCGCGGAAUCUCACCUAUGUCAAAUUCUAUAAUUCAAGUCAUAUGGUGCCGUUCGACUACCCUCGACGAACCCGGGAUAUGCUUGAUCGGUUCAUGGGUGUGGACACGACGGGUAUUGGUGGCGAGCCGACCGACAGCCUUAUUGAUGGUGAAAAGGUGGGCACUGAAACGGACAUUGGAGCACCAGCCAACAGCACCGUCCCGGCGGAAGAUGAGAGCCAGAAGCUCAAAGACGCCGAACUCAAGGCCUACUAUCGCAGUGGUGAGGCGGCUUUGGUGAUCGUGCUUAUUGCAGCAGGGCUGUUUGGCUGGUGGGUAUGGCGAGGAAGGAGGAAAGCUCGAAGUCAGGGGUAUAUGAGUGUACCUCUCGCGAACGGCUCGAUGCGCAAGGGUCGCGGAGAUGUGGAAGCAGGGGAUUUCGACGAGAGUGAGCUGGACGACCUGGAAUCGAGGCGGCGACAUGGGAAUAUGGAAGCGCAGCACUAUGAUCUCGCGAGCGAUAGUGAGGAUGAAGAUACAGCGGUUCCAAGCGGUGGUGGCAAGAGAGAGCAAGAAGGCCCCAAAUAA